AUGGUUAGUGGUACAUCAUUUCAAAUUUAUUUAGAACCAGAUCUUCCUAAAUCGCUCUUUGAUUUGCUUGAAAGUGAUGAUUUAUCUUCCAUUUUAAAGGAUGAACAAUCUGUUCAAAUUAAAAUUAAACUUGUUAGUAUAGACCCUGAAGAGUUAAUACCUAAUGAAAAAGCAGAAAAAGAGGUGGAUCAUACGACAAAUCCUGAUUUAUCUUCACUAUAUUUAGUAAGAUACACUGGAUCAGGCAAUUCAGGUCUUAACGAGUUAGAAGACAUUUUAGUAUACUUAGAAAAAAUGAAAGAAGAAAAUGGAGAAGAAAUAGAAGAUAAAGAUAACAUGGAAGAUCAUCAAAUGGAUGAGUUUCAAGAAUAUGUGAUUGCUAAUUUAGGUACCAAAAGACCAUUAACUAGUCAAUAUAAAAUGGAUUUAACUUUUACCAAAGAAACUGAUGAUGAUGUACAGUUGGUGGUAAGAGGCCCAAGAGGCAUGUUCAUAACAGGUGCUUAUAUUCUAAAUUAA